AUGGCUGAAAAUUUGCAGAACAUUGCUGGACAUGACACCAAGCUCCUGGACAGUGUGAUCGGCUCUGCUACAGCUUGUGCAAACGUCUCCAAAAGGUUGAGAGAUCUCACCCAGACCUCAGCUGGAUGUUUGAGCAGUCCUCUGGAUCUCUUGGUGAUCGAAUUCUCGUUGUUGAGCGCAGCAUACAAGACUUCGAGCAAACAUCUCAAGCAGAAGUCGGUUGUUAGCUCGAAUGCCACACCUGUUCUCAAGUUCGCACAAACCGGUUGCCACAGGGUUGCCGCAGAGUUGCCGACGAUCAUCGACAAGAUUGGAGAGUGGGACAUACUAGCGCCCGAGUGCUCCUUCGACCGUCUGGAUUUGCUUUCUGGCCAUCUUAAAGAGUACAAGGCACACCUGAACUUGCUGAAUGGCAUCUUGGAUCUUAGUGGGCAUCUUUCCCAGAAGCCUGCUCCACAUGAGUCUCCCGAAUCUGUCAUCGUCCCACCUUUACCGAAGUGCAAGGCUUGGGGCCUGCCUGAUCCCACGUUCGAUCAGUACAAGGCAAGAUCCGAACGCUGGAAAGCCGCUCGCGAGGCACAAGUCAUGAUGGACCGCUGGUCUGCGAUGUGCAUGGCUUCUUUUCGGUCCAUACGUGAGCUUCUGCAAUGGAAGAGGGCUCGUUUGGAAGAUUUAGCGACCCCAAAGACUUCACAUGGACUGCUUCGAAAGAGCGUACUGGAAGCAACGUCUGAAGAUCUCCCAGAUGCAGACGACUGGUCAUCCACACAAUCCACCAUGGGUAUCAUGACCCCGACCGAAGAUUGGAGCGACCUUGGCAGCGAUACUACAGAGACCGCUCGCCCUCCGUUCAUCACAAGAUACAGCUUGCAGCGUUGUGCAUACGCCACAGCAAGCUUCGCGAGACUGGUCGAGGAACUCAGGCUGUACCCUGGUCCUGACGUGACUACCGAUGUCCAACGCAUGUACAAUUCUUACAACGCUUUGCUGGUCCACUUGCUCCACACGUUUGAUACAUCGACGUUGUCUCAGAGCGCACAGCCCUUGAAAGGGGUCAAGACAGUCGCUCACCUGGAUCUGUAUGAAUGCCGCUCAGCAGCAGAAACAUUCCUGAACAGAGUGGAUCAUGUCGAGCGGAGUUUCGGUCAAGCGCCAAGCUCAACGCCUGUCAGUACAGAUGAUUUCUGCUUCUUGUGCAGAGAGCUCGACCUUCUUGCUCGCUGUUUGAAACAAAAAAUAGGGGCUCCGAAGCCAGUUCCAAACGAAAGACCAGUACCUGUUAGAGAUUCCCUCUUGACUCUAGACGUCCGUGAGCCAUUCAUUCUAGAGACUCACAGCUUGAACACCCACGUCGACAGGCUCCUCAACACCAUCGUUGAUAGCAUGGAGUCGACGCCGACUGACAAGGACAUCAUGAAGUUGGUCUUCCACUGGACGACCUUGGACGAGUGCGACGUCUUCAAGCGUGAGGACGUGAUGAGGAUGUAA